AUGGUGACAGGUCUCGACGAUCUAGACGAACUAAUUGAACUUAAAGAAGAAAUUACAGCGAUACUAAUCGACGCUGGGUUCAAACUUCACAAAUGGAAUUCGAACUCAUCUGCGUUAGUACCCGAUGAUAGGAAAAAAGAUGAGGUAAAGAUUCUAGGUCUACGAUGGAACUCUAAGGUGGAUGUUUUUGGGUUUCAAAGUGAACUUCAAAUGCACACUAAGAUCACAAAACGUAACGUGUUGUCAGAUAUUCAAAAGAUCUAUGACCCACUCGGAAUGCUCAGCCCACUUGUCGUGCAUGGUAAGCUUAUAAUGCAAGAUAUUUGGUCACAAAAAUUGGACUGGGAUGAACCGCUACCAGAGGCGAUAGCAGACAAAUGGAGAUGGUUCUGUGUUCAAAUAUCGGAAAUUCAUAAUAUCGUAUUUCCUAGGCGCAUAACGACAUCGGAACCGAGCCAUAAAAAUAUUAUUGAACUGCACGGGUUUUCGGAUGCGGCUAAAAGAGCAUAUGGCGCAGCAAUUUAUGUGAGAACCAUUACAGAAAAUGGUGCUCAAAUUCAACUACUUUGUGCUAAAUCACGAGUUACGCCGACAAGUGAGAAAAACACGGAUGAAAAUACUACAAUCCCCAGAAUGGAGCUGAGAGCUGCUUCACUCUUGGUGCAUUUAAUGGAGAAGGUCAAAGCAACAGUGCAUGUUAAAAUUGAUUGGGUAUAUUACUGGACAGACUCUACUGUCACAUUGGAUUGGAUCGCAAGCCCAACGAAGCGACGGCCACAGUUUAUAACGAACAGAGUAAAUGAAAUCAACGCGAGAACCUCAAUAAAAGACUGGUACCAUGUUAGCUCUGGAGAGAAUCCUGCGGACCCUAUAUCUAGGGGUUCUUCAGUGAAAUUGUUGGCCAAAAAUUCGUUGUGGUGGUCCGGUCCUGAUUUCCUAUUAAACUGCAACCAACUAUGGAGUCAUAGUGAAGUGGAACAGAUAGACUGCUUCAUAACACGGAAUACAGAAAGAAUAUCGGAACCAGAUGACAUUGCAAGUCCGAUAAGGGAUUAUACCUUACUCGAGCGCUAUUCAAGCAUAGGAAAACUGCAGCGAGUGGUGGCAUAUUGCUUAAGGUUCAAGAAAAAUUGUUUUUCGCGUGACAACAGAAAAAUCGGCUCACUGGCAAUGAAUGAGCUAAAGGAUGCUCUGAAACAUAUCAUCAAGAUUAGUCAGAAGAAGAAAUUCACCUCGGAGAUUCAACAACUCACAACAAACAAAAAACUGAGUAAUUCAAGCUCGUUGUUAACGCUACGACCAUUUUUAGAUCAAGAUGGUUUAUUACGAGUUGGUGGUCGCAUCCAGGCAGCUGGUCUGGAUUAUGAUCAACUGCAUCCAAUCAUCCUACCAGCCAAUUGCAAAUUAACCUUCUUGAUUGCUGUCGACAAACAUAUAUCGCAUCUCCACAUCGGACCUCAAUCAUUGUUAUAUACAAUAAGAUUGAACUACUGGCCGAUCCAUGGAAAAAACUUAGUGAGAAAAGUUGUUCACCGAUGUUUAACAUGCUUUCGAAAUAACCCUCAAUCACUUAAGCAAGUAAUGGGAGAGAUCCCAAAAGUACGAUUAACACCAGGUAGACCUUUCCAAACUUGUGGUGUUGACUUUGGCGGGCCAUUCACGAUCAAGGAAAACUUUAUACGAACUCAGAAGACUCUCAAAGUAUAUGUUGCGCUGUUCAUUUGUUUACGUACGCGUGCGGUUCACAUAGAACUGGUAAGCAGCUUGUCAAGUCCCGCCUUCAUUGCAGCUCUCAGAAGAUUCAGCAGCCAACGAGGUCAAGGCUCUACUAUUUUCUGCGAUAAUGCUACCAAUUUUGUUGGCUCUAAGAACGAAAUUCAACGUUUAACCGAGCAAUUUAAAAACCAGAUUGAACCUGAAGUGCGAAAAUUUUGUGCAGUCGAAGAAAUCGAGUGGAAGUUUAUCCCACCCAGGUCUCCAAAUUUUGGGGGCAUCUGGGAAGCCGGCAUUAAAAGUGUCAAACAUCACAUGAAACGGGUCCUAGGUUCGACAAUCCCCACAUAUGAGGAGAUGCUAACGCUACUUAAACAAAUCGAAGGAUGUCUAAACUCAAGACCUAUUUCUCCAUUAUCUACGGAUGCACGCGAUCCUAAUCCAUUGACACCAGGUCACUUUCUAGUUGGCGGACCAAUUACAGCCAUCCCCGAUAAACUUUUUUGUGAGACAUCGUCAACCCGAUUGACAAGAUAUGAAGAAGUGCAGAAAAAUCUUCAGCUCUUCUGGAAUAGAUGGAGAGUUGAAUAUCUCAACAACCUUCAACAGCGGACAAAAAAGUGGUCUUCGAAACAACCGGACUUAUUGCUUGGACAACUGUGUCUAGUAAAAGACGACGCGUUACCAGCGAAUACUUGGAUUACGGGACGAGUGAUCAAACUUCAUCCUGGACCGGACAAGCACAUUCGUGUAGCUACUCUGAUUACGGCAAAAGGUGAAAUCAAAAGAUCGAUAAGUAAGCUUUGCCCUCUACCAAUUGAAGAAGACGUUGGUGGGGGUGGAGUAUGUUAA